AUGGAGUAUUGUUUCAAGCAUAGUGAAGAAUUAGCAAGCCGAUUAGAUGUGAAUUCCAAAGAUCCCCCCUUUUAUUUUCGGAACAAUAAUUUUGCCAAGAAUAUCUACUGGGAGUCUGAUAACUACGAGGCCAAAAACUACGAUGCCAAAAACUACGAGCUCAAAAUUACAGGGCAAGAAACUGCGAGCCAAAAACCACGACUAGACCAAUGA